AGAUGCUCUAUAAACUUUUCUUAAAGCUAAAUGAUUAAUUUCCAGCGGAAUAAGAACGGAGGUGUUGUAUGUACCUGGAGGUUACCUCAGUGCUUGUUGGUUGUUUCUGUCUGACAAGAUCACAUGAUCCGAGCCUGCCAAUGUAUCGUUUGCUUGUUAGCUUGUUAGCAUCUAGGCGCGUUGGCAUCGAGGCUUUGGGGUUCACCAGGAAACGGUGCGACGUGACGUUAUCGCGAGCCACGCCAAAGCGAGGAGCUGUCAAACGAAUGCAUUAAGAUCAUUGCUGUUACUUCCUGUUUUUUUUCUCGUUGAGUGAGCAGCUAUCCGACCCAAACUAUAAGGAAACUGCUGUGUUACAGCUGGUUGAACGCUACUUCCAUGGCUGCUCACAUCAACAUUAAUCAAAUGAGCAUGUGACCAAGGACAAGGAUUCUACAACACAUGAUCUUCACAAGUGGAGGAGGCCAAAAGUCAAUCAGUGGUAAUCUAUUUCAAAGUGAUUGAUCGGGAGUGAAUAGCCAUGACAACAAAAACAUCCCUGCUGAAAGUGAUCCUUCUUGGUGAUGGUGGUGUAGGGAAGAGCUCCAUCAUGAACCGCUACGUUACCAACAAGUUUGAUGCACACCUUUUCCACACUAUUGGCGUGGAGUUCCUAAACAAGGAACUAGAGGUAGAUGGCAACCAGGUUACUCUACAGAUCUGGGAUACUGCUGGCCAGGAGCGCUUCCGCAGCCUGAGGACUCCUUUCUACCGUGGCUCUGACUGCUGCCUGCUCACCUUCAGUGUAGAUGACAACCAGAGUUUUAUCAACUUAGGCAAUUGGAAGAAGGAGUUCAUCUACUAUGCAGAUGUCAAGGAGCCAGAGAAGUUCCCAUUCGUAGUGUUGGGCAACAAAGUGGACGUGACAGAAAGGCAGGUGUCUACUGAGGAGGCUCAGCAAUGGUGCCAGGAGAAUGGCAACUUCCCCUAUUAUGAGACCAGUGCCAAGGAUGCCACAAAUGUAGCGGUGGCCUUUGAUGAGGCCGUGCGCAGAGUGUUGGCAUUGGAAGAAAGAACGGACCACCUCAUCCCCACAGACACAGUCAAGCUUCACAGAAAGCCUCGCUCUGCUACAUCCUGCUGUUCAUAACAUCCAGGAGUUUUCACUAACAUUUGCUGUCAUGCCUUUUAUGUGAUGAGGCUGUAGGUUUACAAUGCUGUUGUAACAUCUUAUUUGAAAAAUUAUGCUACUGGCUUUAUGAUUUGUUGUACUGUUAAAGGUUUGGUAAUGCUAAUUGUUGGACUUCUGCUUGAAGAGAAAGAGAAGAAACACUAAACUCAACCCAGUCUGAUUACCAAUAAACAUGACAUCUCUGAUCAUUCAUUCAGCACCUUUCAAAGACAGACUUUAGAAGCAGAAAAAUAAAAUGUAUUUUUUGUUGGCCUAAGACUACCUGUUGGAAACUCUAAAGCUGUCAUGAAGGAACCGAGGUAAUGUCUUUGAAAGUUUCACUUCCCUCUCAAAUGUUUAAAUGUUCCAUCUCUGUCGCGAAGAAAAAUAAUGCAACCCUUGAAUCUGUACUACCUUGGGAGUUCCAUCAUUAUAGGUUUUCAUAACUUCACUCUUAAAUGUAAUAAAAUAGAGUUAUGACCUAUAUAUUUAUAUUCAGAACGUAGUUUGUACAGCCUAAUGACCCUUUUUUAAUUUCCAAGAAUUAUAAAGUAGCUGCAGGAAUACGUUUAACUAACAAAUUGAGGCUUGUUGUGAUUUACCUUUUUAGGUCUUUUUUUUUUAAUGCACAUUCUGCCAAGUGAAUAGAGAUAGUCUGUGUGCUGCAAGCACUUAACAAAAGAUCAAUAUUAAAGCAAUGUUACUGUGCAUGGCAUCAGGUGUAUUUAAUUUCUUGGAAACUUCUAAUCUGUAAACUUUUACAGUAAGAAGUACUUAAUAUUGCCUUGAAAGUGUAAUGAAAAUGAUUUAAUUAACUAUUUUCCUCAUUGUUGGGUCCAUUGUUUUAAUUUUCUUUUUAUCUUUAAAGCACUCUAUUAACAUGUUUAUACUUGCAGUUCAGUGUUUUUCCGCACAGGUUAAGAGUUACUACUGGUAUGCCAAGUGAUCAAUAAACCCCCUGAGAAUUGUC